AGUUGUAAUUUGUAAACUCCGAUCAUUCCAACUAAUCUCUUCUUUCUUGAUCAUCACUCGCAUCAUGCCCGUCUGAUUCUCUUAUCUACUAUUUUCUGCUACCCAAUGCUGUUUACUCGCCUCGUCCUCUUCCCUCCAAACACGAAAAUCGAGAGAGAAACCUUAACGAAUAAAACAAACCCGCAAUACGGAUUCCAAAAAAAUCUAGGGUUUCCAAAUUCCCUCCGCUCUCCUCCCUGUCUCCCCCUUUUUCCCUUCCCACCAAACGCUGUUUUCUGCCUUUUUUUUUCCCGGUAAAGUUUCCAUAGUUGCUGCUCGGUGGCUGUGCUGAUCCUCAAGUUUUUUUUGAUUUUCCCUGGAAUUUGAUUUCCCGGGAAAAUCUGCAGCUCUCAUUGGCAUCCCUCUGCUGCUAGCUUUACAAAGGAUUUGACGCAGAAAUAAGCUGGAAAUUGCUAGUAACGAAAGGAGGGAAUUGUAACUGAAGGAUCUGAAAGAAUCUCAAGAGAGCGAGCGGGGUGGAUCAUAAGAACUUGCAUGCCUUUAUGUGAUUCGUUGUUGAACUUGCCACAGUUUGAAUGCAUAUUGGCUUAUGGAUUCUGGUUUAUUUUCGCCCCCAAGGGAUUUUGUAAAAUGCUGUAGUUGUGGAUGUAGUUGUUCCGCAAUUACUAGCUCCUCGGGGGAAUGGAUGAGAUUUGUGAAACGCAAGUAUGAUGAGUUUGAGGAUGGAAGUCGGUUCUUUAUACCAGGGCUUGAUGUCUACUCAAAUCCAAGAGUGGGAAUUGAGAAUGAAUGUGCUGCACUACGAGAAACUGUUAGUAGCCAGCAGCAGGCAAUUCAGGACUUGUAUACAGAACUGGAAGAGGAGCGGAAUGCCUCGUCAUCUGCUGCGAAUGAGGCAAUGUCUAUGAUAUUGAGGUUGCAGAGGGAGAAGGCGGAGAUCCAAAUGGAGGCACGACAAUUUAAGCGUUUUGCGGAAGAGAAAAUGGCGCAUGACCAGCAGGAACUUUUGGCGUUGGAGGAUUUGCUGUAUAAAAGAGAGCAGGCUAUUCAGUCCUUUACUUGUGAGAUUCAGGCUUAUAAGCAUCGGAUGAUGAGUUAUGGACUUACAGAGGCAGAGGCAGAGGGUGAGAAGAGUGGACUGAGCCGUAAUCCUAGCAUGGUUGAAAGCCUAGAUGCCCAAUUUGAUCUCCCUUCAUACAAUUAUCCCCCUCUGAAAUGCAAUUUAAAUGAGAAAUCAGGACCUUAUGAGGGUGAUGAUGAUGUUGCAGAUGUUGAGAAAUACGCAUUUGGGGAAACACCUCGUAAUAGGGAUCAUUUGAAGAAUUUGGAGCAUAGGAUCUAUCAAAUGGAGAGAAGUCCCAGUGGCAGUCCGCUCAGUGGAGAUUUUUAUGAUGGUAAGAAUGUCCUGGAAAAGGUGAUUGCAGGGCAUUCUCCCAGGCAUCCAAGACAUUCCAGGAGGUUUUCUUCUGAUAGUUCUAAUUCAUUUUUGGUAAAAGAAACGGGUCCAGAUUUUUCCACUGAAUCUCCCAAGUUCGGCAGUAGCUUUAAAAAGACGGUGUAUGUUUCACAAACGGAUGAUUACUCAAAUUUGAGAAAGAUGGAUAAUGCAUCAGAAAAUGGAGAUGACAUGAGUGACAGAGUUUAUACAAUCGAUUCUGUCCAUAAUGGGAUUCCAUAUAAUGGUGUUGCAGAGCCCAAAGCUGGAGUUGGGGCUUAUGAAGACUUUGUUACCACUCCGAGAGAGUCACUUAAUCAGCCUGAUGUUACCGAUCCUGAUAUCAAGAAGCUCUACAUGAGGCUUCAGGCACUUGAGGCUGACAGGGAAUCAAUGAGGCAGACACUUGUUUCAAUGCGGACUGACAAAGCGCAGGUUGUACUAUUGAAAGAAAUAGCUCAACAAUUGUGUAAGGAUAUGACACUAGCGAGACCAAUGCCUUUGAGAAAACCAUCAAUUGUUGGAAGCUUUUCUUUCAUGUCAAUUUUCAAGUGGAUCGUUUCCUUUGUCUUCUGGAGGAAGAAAGCUCAUCGAAGCAAGUAUAUGUGUGGGCUGUCUGCCAGCAACAUUGGCUUGCUAAUGCUUUUAGACAAGGGUCCCAGAUUGCGUCAGUGGAGAUGUCUUUCAAGUACACAAGUGUGA